AUGCGCUUCUCCAAGUUUGCCUUCUUGUGCGCCUUGGCCUCUGUGACCUCGGCAGCGAUCACGUUCCGCGUGCAGAAAGCCUCCAAUCCCACCUCCGAUCAGUCCGAUGCCUACGCCCGUAUCGAGGCCGCCAUGAACCUGGCGGUGGCUCGCUACAACAAGUUGACAACGCGCCCCAGCAAGUCCAUUACGGCGCAGUAUGUCCCUGGCGUGUCUACCGCCGAUGGAAACUUCAACGGCAACAUCCGCUUUGGCUCAAGCCGGUCGUACAUGAAUGAGCGCACGGCGCUCCAUGAGAUAUCGCAUACGCUUGGUAUCGGCCAGACGCGCGCCUUUGACACCAGGUGCGCCGCCAACGACUGGCCUUCCGCGACGAAGCUGCUGAAGUCGUGGGAUGGAGCUUCGGCCAGGAUCAAUUGUGGUGGCGGGCAUAUUUGGCCUUACGGGCUGAAUUAUGAUAACGAGUUCAGUGAGACGAAUGCAGAUCGCCACUGCCAUUUGAUUGAUGCAAUGUUGGCUGAUGGUUUGGCGCCGUGA